GAUUUCCUUACUGUUUAUUUAUUUACUUAGAGAUAUGGAGGCAGAGCAGCUGUUGGGAGUGAGGGAGGGAGGCAGAGAGAUAGUUGCGAUUCCAAGAAAUAGUAGCUUCUCCGGUGGUCUAUUGUCUUGUCGUCUUCCCUCUGCUACAAAUUCCGACACGCAGAAAUUUCUGCGGAGCCAUUGGACCUGGAUUUUCGAUCUGUCUAUGCAUUGUGUCGGCGAUUUGAGGUGAACUUGGAGAUGGGUGUUGCUUGAAUUUCUCUGUGAAAAAAAGAAGAAGAGCAUUAUGUCUUGGAAGAGCAGAGGAGCAGAGCCUUCUGCUUCCAAGAGUGUCGUGUCUCGUAAGCUGACUAUUCUGCUUUGCGUCGGAUGCUUUUGCGCCGGGAUGCUCUUCACCGACAGAAUGUGGACGGUACCUGAAGCUAAAGAUUUAUCAAAGACAACAAAAAUUGAAGAUGAUCAGCUUAAGUUAGUUUCUGAGAGUUGUGAUCCAAAACUUAAGGAUUCAAAGGCUAGAACUAAGGAAAUCAUAAGUGAAGUUUCGAAGACUCAUCUUGCUAUACAUACUCUGGAUAAAACUAUUUCAAAUUUGGAGAUGGAAUUAGCAGCUGCAAGAUCUGCUCAGGAUUCUAUGCUGAAUGGUUCUCCAAUAUCUGAAGAUGUGAAAAUUACUGAACCCAGUGGGAAAAGAAAAUAUCUAAUGGUUAUAGGCAUUAAUACUGCUUUUAGCAGCCGUAAACGGAGAGACUCAGUUCGUGCUACUUGGAUGCCCCAAGGUGAUAAAAGAAGGAGGCUUGAGGAAGAGAAGGGCAUAGUAAUGCGCUUUGUAAUAGGACACAGUGCUACAUCCGGUGGAAUUUUAGAUAGAGCAGUUGAAGCAGAGGAUAAAAAGCAUGGCGACUUUUUGAGGCUGGAACAUAUUGAGGGAUACCUUGAAUUAUCAACCAAGACAAAGGUAUUCUUUUCCACUGCAGUCGCUUUAUGGGAUGCGGAUUUCUAUGUUAAAGUAGAUGAUGACGUCCAUGUAAAUAUAGCGACACUGGGAGCAACUCUAGCUAGGUACCGGCCAAAGCCUAUGAUGUAUAUUGGAUGCAUGAAAUCUGGUCCUGUCCUUUCUCAAAAGUAUGCGAGCUUUCUUGAAUUCAUUGACUGCACAAAAACUCAAGAAAUUCUUAUAUAUUUUGUCUUUCUAAUCUGUUCUUCCUUGGACAGGGGAGUGAGGUACCAUGAACCAGAAUAUUGGAAAUUUGGUGAAGAAGGAAAUAGGUAUUUCCGUCAUGCUACAGGACAGCUAUAUGCUAUUUCAAAAGAUUUGGCUACCUAUAUAUCAAUUAACCAGCAUGUGCUGCACAAGUAUGCUAAUGAGGAUGUUUCAUUGGGAUCUUGGUUUAUUGGAUUGGAUGUAGAGCAUAUUGAUGACCGGAGACUCUGCUGUGGUACCCCACCUGAUUGUGAGUGGAAGGCUCAGGCUGGCAACGCCUGUGUUGCUUCGUUUGAUUGGAGCUGCAGCGGGAUUUGCAAGUCUGCUGAUAGGAUGAAGGAGGUUCACCACCGGUGCGGUGAAGGUGAGAAAACUCUCUGGAGUGCAGCUUUCUAAGAAACAGCCCUUCAUCCAACCUCGAGGAUGAAUUGAGCAAGCACGAACAAGUUUAUUUUUUAUAUGUGGAUAUAAAGAAAUGUAAUAUCAAAUUGUAGAGAGGGAGAGAGCUUUUCUCUAUUAAGGCUCUGCUCCAUUUUAGCAGAGGAGAAACACCCCCCUUGUAAUCUAAAAGAGAAUACGGUAGCAGGGGAUUGUAAUAAACCAUUCUUUAUAUGCUUGGGGCCAUACUGUAAUGCAAUUUAGCCACGGCUAGUGAACCCCAUAAGUGCCAAUAAUUGGAUUGGCAUUUGCGGCACUUUGCUUCA